GCCGUGGCUGUUUCCUUCUUCCUUCUGCCCCCUUUCGCUUCUUCGUUCGUCCUCUUGCCGUCUCCUUGAGUCCUCGUCCUUCUGCGGUGAUCGCGAUCGAUCGAUCUCUGGUGCAGGAUUACAUUUCGUCUCUUGGCGCGAUCGCUUCGCCGAGCUUCCCCCUCGCAGUACAGUCGCGCUCCUCCGCUGGUGCUUUCUUCUUUCCCUGGGUUAAGAUGGUGAAAUUGACAAUGAUAGCACGUGUUACUGAUGGCCUACCUUUGGCGGAAGGAUUAGAUGAUGGUCGUGACCAGAAAGAUGCUGAUUUUUACAAACAGCAAGCAAAGAUUUUAUUUAAGAAUCUCUCAAAAGGUCACUAUGAGGCUUCUAGGAUGUCAAUUGAGACUGGUCCAUAUUUCUUCCACUACAUUAUUGAGGGUCGUGUUUGCUAUCUUACAAUGUGUGAUCGUUCUUACCCCAAGAAGCUUGCUUUCCAAUACUUGGAAGACCUCAAGAAUGAGUUUGAAAGGGUCAACGGGAAUCAGAUUGAAACUGCUGCAAGACCUUAUGCCUUUAUCAAAUUUGACACUUUCAUACAGAAGACUAAGAAACUCUAUCUGGACACUCGAACACAGAGAAAUAUUGCUAAGUUGAAUGAUGAACUGUAUGAAGUCCACCAAAUAAUGACGCGGAAUGUGCAGGAGGUUCUUGGUGUUGGCGAAAAAUUAGACCAGGUCAGUGAAUUAUCAAGUAGGCUAACAUCUGAGUCUCGAAUCUAUGCUGACAAGGCUAAAGAUCUAAAUCGACAGGCUUUUAUUAGAAAAUGGGCUCCCGUUGCCAUUGUUCUUGGAGUAGUGAUGCUUCUGUUGUGGGUUAGAAAGAAGUUUUGGUGAAUUAAUCUGAUGUUUAUAUUUAGAUACUUUCUCAUUCUCUGCACGGUAUGCCAAUUUUGUGGUGUUGGCCAUUUAGAAUUAAUCUUCCGUUUGAUUGUAAAAAAAUAGGAAAAAAUUACUUUUCUUUCAACAAUUACAAGAAUUAAAUUGCAAUAUUACUUCAAAGUCUUAAGCACUGUGCGGUGUGAUUGUUUC